CUUCUCGGGUUGCAUUGAGUUGUUCACUACAUGGGCACAUGGUCACUUGAGGGGUCCCCAAUUUGAAGCUUUAUUCAGCGUUCCUAUGAAAGAUAGAAAAACAGAAGAUUGGCAGCAAUCACUUCUAACAGCAACUGUUAAUGAUGUUAGAUUUGUUCUCCCAACCUAGAAUGCUACUCAUUAUCUUGCUCCACUCGAAGGACAUCACUCUAUUCCUUUGUUGGGUAUUCAUGGAGGGGUUACAUAUUUAGUAGAGUUGGCAUCUCGUCAGUUUGGAAAAGCACAAAGCAUUCCCUAUCUUGAUGACGCAUUGCAGUCACAUUUUGAUUACAUGUCUUCCUCAACAAUUGUAUCCAAAGCACAUGAGAUGUGGGAGAAAUGUAGGAUGCUACCUAUAUGGAAAGAGAAGACUAGACCACAAUAUGAACAAUGGAGAUCGAGUUGGAUAGCUAAGCUUUCUUUGCCAUGGGAGGUGACAAAUACGAAAAACUUUACUAUCAUGGACUUAACCGCUAAGUUAGAACUUAGCCAUGCUCAAAGAUGUCAGUUGCUAGAAAAGUAUGAUGAGUUAGCUCUUGAUCAUGAAUUGAUUAAAAGAGGAAAGGAGUUGUCUGAUCAGCAAGUGGCAAGGUUGAAAGACAAGAUUGCCUCUUUAGAAAGGGAUUUGGUUGCUAGCAAGGAAAUUUGUGGGAAGCAAAAAAGGAGUUUAGAGUUUGCCGAAGAACAACGGAAAAAGUUGCUAUGAGCAAAGGUGGAUCUUAAGGCAAAAGAAAAGGAGAAUAAAGAGCUUGUGGAGAAAGUGAUAAAGUGGAGGAAUGCUUACAACAACUUAUUGUCUGAUUAUGAUGCUCUACAAAAGGAGUUACGAACAACAAAGCAAUCAAAGUAAGGAGAGAAGGAGAGCACAACUUGAGCAACUUGGGGAAAGAUGGGUUGCUUGGGAGCUAUUGUACAAACAUUAGAAAUUCAGAUUUGUCAAUGAAAACUUGUUUGAAUGAAUGCAAUCUUUCUUC